AUGAAGCUUUUCUCGCCCCCUAGCGUGCGGAUCAUCCACUCAGGACAUGCGUGUAACGUGGACGAGGAGAGGCACACGGAGAGAGUGUACACCAUCAGAGAAGGAGAGACUCUGGAGCUCACGUGUCUGGUGACCGGACACCCCAGACCACAGAUCCGGUGGACGAAGACGGCGGGCAGCGUGUCGGACCGCUUCCAGGACUCGAGCGUGUUCAACGAGACGCUCCACAUCGCAAAGAUCCUCCGAACCCAAGGGGGGCGCUACUACUGCAAGGCUGAGAACGGACUGGGCUCUCCGGCCAUCAAGUCCAUCAGAGUGGACGUCUACUACCUGGACGACCCCAUAGUGACGGUGCACCAGAGCAUCGGGGAGGCCAAGGAGCAGUUCUACUACGAGCGCACCGUCUUUCUGCGCUGCGUGGCCAACUCCAACCCCCCAGUGCGCUACAGCUGGCACCGAGGCAGAGAGGUGCUCACCCAAGGGUCCGACAAAGGAGUGGAGAUCUACGAGCCCUUCUUCACACAGCUGCAGGGGGAGACAAAGAUCCUGAAGCUGAAGAACCUGCGCCCUCAGGACUACGCCAACUACAGCUGCAUCGCCUCCGUGCGCAACGUCUGCGGCAUCCCAGACCGGAGCGUUAUCUUCAGACUCACCAACAAGACAGCCUCUCCGUCCAUUAAGCUGUUGGUGGAGGACCCGAUCGUGGUGAACCCCGGGCAGACGGUGUCCCUGGUUUGCAUCACCACAGGAGGAGAGCCCCCUCCCCUCCUCACCUGGGUCACUGCCAACGACUCCCUGCCCCAGAGGAGUCAGGUCAAAGGGGGCACGCUCACGCUCCCCGCCAUCAGCUCCGAGGAGGCCGGGGUCUACAGCUGUGUGGCCAGCAACAACGUGGGCAACCCCGCCAAGAAGUCCACCACCAUCGUCGUCAGAUCGCUGAAGAAAGGCCGAUUCUGGAUCACUCCGGACCCCUACCACAACGAUGACAACAUCCAGAUCGGACGAGAAGUGAAGAUCUCCUGUCAGGUGGAGGCCACGCCCCCAGAGGAGCUGACAUUCAGUUGGCUGAAGAACGGGCGAGCUCUGCGGAGCUCAGAGCGAAUGGUCAUCACACAGACGGACCCCGACAUCUCCCCCGGGACCACCAACCUGGACAUCAUCGACCUGAAGUUCACCGACUUUGGCACCUACACCUGUGUGGCGGCGCUGAAGGGAGGAGGCAUCCCCGAGAUCAGCAUCGAUGUCAACAUCUCCUCCACAACUGUCCCUCCUCUGUUUUUCUCUUUCUUAGUUCCCCCCAACCUGACUGUCCCGCGGGGCAAGUCCCCCCUAGUGGCGCGUGAGGGAGAUACGGUGGAACUGGAGUGCCUAGUUUCAGGGAAGCCCAAGCCCAUCCUGCUGUGGUCCCGCUCGGACAAGGAAGCCCCGAUGCCGGACGGGAACAUGCAGAUGGAGACGUACGACGGCGUGCUGCGGAUCGUGAACGUGACCAGGGAGAUGACCGGAUCGUACCGCUGCCAGACCUCGCAGUACAACGGAUUCAACGUGAAACCCAGAGAGGCCGAAGUGGAGCUCAUCGUCCAAUACCCGCCCACAGUGGAGCCGGUGUUCACGGAGAUGCGUCAGGGUUUGGGGCGUCCCGUUGUGAUGACGUGCCGGGUCCUUCGCGCUCACCCCUCCCGCGUGCUCAGGUUCGAGUGGCUCUUGUCCAAUCGGCUCCUCCACGCCGGAGCUUUCGACGCUCACAAGGACGAGACGGAGUACACCAUCCGCAAUCUGAACCGCGACGGGUGGGGAGAGUACACCUGUAAUGUCAUCAACGAGGCAGGAGCGGGCAGGUGCACCUUCCAAGUGACAGGUAAAGCGUACGCUCCUGAGUUCUACUAUGACACGUACAGCCCCGUGUGGCAGAACAGGCCCAGAGUGUACGGCUUCAAGCUGCAGUGGACCCAGAUGAACCCCAACGCGGUGGACCGCAUCGUGGCCUACAGACUCGGCAUCAGACAGAUGGGGCUCCAGCGCUGGUGGGAGCAGGAGAUCCCAGUGGACGGCCCCAUAAACAAAGGCGAGCUCAUGACGCACAACCUGACGGAGCUGAUCAAACCUGAGUCGUAUGAAGUGCGCCUCACCCCGAUCACGCGCUUCGGAGAGGGAGACUCCACCAUCCGCAUCGUCACCUAUAGCGCUCCCAUCAACCCUCACCUGAGAGAGUUCCACUGCAGUUUCGAGGACGAGCCCAUCUGUAUGUUCACUCAGGACAAGAACGAUGACUUUGACUGGACCAGACACAGCGCCGCCACCAGAGACACCAAGUACACCCCCAACACAGGGCCCAGUGGAGACCGCAGCGGGUCCAAGCAAGGUUUCUACAUGUACAUCGAGACCUCCAGACCUCGGAAAGAAGGAGACCAGGCGCGACUCGUGAGCCCGCUCUUCAAUGUAGCUCCUAAAAACCCAUACGGUAUCAACAACCCACCCGCCUACUGCCUCGGAUUCUUCUACCAUAUGUACGGCAAACACAUAGGUACACUAAACGCCCUCUUGAAGCAAAAGGGACAGACCACCCCCGACAGCCCUGUAUGGUCCCUCAGCGGUAACCAAGGCGACCGCUGGAAACAGGCCAAAGUCAGCAUCCAUCCCAUCUCCUCCUUCCAGGUGGUGAUAGAGGGAGUCCGGGGUCCGGGGAUCGAGGGGGACAUCGCCAUAGACGAUGUCACACUGGAGGAGGGAGAGUGUCGAGACCCACCGCCCAAUCUAAGCUCCAUGGCCCCGCCCCCUUCCUCCCAUAUAUGGCUGCUGUGCGUCGCCGCGGUGAUGACCCUACUCCAAGGCCAGAGGUGA